AUGGACAUCCUGCGCAGUCCUAGCUCCAAUUCCAUCUGGUGGACGGCCUACGAGAGGGAGAACGAGAUUCCCAGAUGUCCCCCCAGAUAUUUCGGAGCUUCAGUGGGCGGAUUUGUUGUUUGGGAAGCGGAUCUGUCAAGUGGGCUAGGUGAGGUCAGAAUGAAAUAUGCGACUAAUUUGGGUCCGCCUAAAACCCUAGCUCAAACCCUAUUUGAUAUGAUGAGGGCGUUGAUUGAGAGGGAGGUAGACAAGCUGUCGAACCCCGAACUGAACUGGCGUGACGUUGAGGAUGAAGUCGAUCAUUGGCGAACGGUGGCCCAAAGCGAAUACUGUGAACCUUAUUUCGUCUCCUUGUGCUAUUCGACAGCACUCGAGACACCCAUUGAAUUCUAUGUUGGGCUUUCGCCAUUGAGUCUACUAACUCUCGAGAAGAUGGAGGAGAGACACCGCCAACACUAUAUUCUAUCGGUCGAAGGUUCCUUUGGGGUUCAAGAUGGCCCCGUAUUGCAAGAACGUAUUCCACCAUUUCGGGGAAGGAUUUUAACGACCUAUGGAACCUUCCCCUACCACUCAGUGGUUCCAUUACCAGAGGAAAACCAUUUAUCAAUUGGCUAUUUAUCGUCAGAUGGUGUCACCCUCAACAGUGAAGAUAAGGUUUUUAUAUUUGUAGGCCACAACUCUUCGGAGUUUCAGAUUCAAAGAUUUCAUCGUUACGUUGAGCACAUGUUACGCGGUAGAGCCUACAUUGGCUCAAUCCACGCCGAUGGUAACAGGAUCAUGCAAGGUCAAGAAAUCAUUCCGGGUGCUCCAACUCUCCCCUAUCUCAAGUACGACCUAGACGAUAUAAGAAUAUUUGGGAAGGCACAACUCCUCACACUGCCCGAAUACCAGAGACUCAAGCAGUCUCCAACACACCUCCGACUCACUGAGCAUGUCCAUCUGGACCACCUUCCAAUACCUGCCUUUGACCCAAAUUUCAAUAACGGCCAGAAUCUAGGAAGGUUGCUGUCUACGGGAGGCAAGGGUGGUCAAGCUAGUGCUUGUCAGAUUAAGAUCCUCCUUGACUACGCCCCUGGUACGGCGAAACAAUUGGACGAUCUGGACAUUUUUAUCCAAAGUCUGGUUCUCACCAGAAUCCCAUUAAACUAUACCCCUGCCACACACGCUGGUACAUCGCAUACCCUAUCCACGGAGAUGCAUGCCGCCUUCAAAUCAAUUUGGGAAGAGGGUAAAAGGCUAUAUCCGCCAAAAUAUCCUUUGGAAGACUACUUUGUCGGAAACCUCCUCGCCGAGCGUGAAACACGACCACUGCCUGUCACACGGACGGACAUCAAACCACAGUGGAACCACCACUGGUCAAAGGUCUUAGCGCAGUACGGCCCCAACCCCCUCCUCAACCCCUCCCACACAUCUAUACCCAUCCGCCUGCGGCUCUCCGACUCCUCCGAAACCCACCUGAAAUCCGAGCACUUUCCCAUAUUCCCAGUCCAAAACAUCCUGGCCCGAUAUGCGUCUUACCUACUCCACCCCGCCGAACCAAACGAUCUCAUAAGAAUUCCAAUACAUCCCUGGAGUUUGGACCCUGUUUAUAUCCCACAUAUGGGCGUGGACCGGCUAUGUGACUCGGAUGACCUGCGCGAUGGAGCUGAUACGCUUCGCGUGCGACGAAUGACGCUCAUGUCAAAUUUUUUGUGGCAGUUGUUGCUUAAAAUGAACAUCGCAGACGAAGAAGCCACAAUAGCUCGGUUCGGGGGAGUCAACAUCCCCGCAUACGCCGACUACAAAUUCCCAAACUCCGUCAGGAAACUUGAGCACUUUCUCAACUUGGGUUCGUUCUGCUGGACCUGCAGUCAACGAAGACGGAGAGGCAAAAAAAUGAGCGAGCGUAUUGGGUGUCUGGACGUCGGUUUGUCAACUGUUUAUUGUUCCAAGUACGACGGCCUCGCUUCUCCGUUUUCUGCUUUGGAUUCACAAAAAGAAAUCACUGACUUGUUGAUUUUAAAAAGGGAAUGUCAAGAAAACGACUGGACAUCCGGUGACCCGAUUCCACAUAAAAUUAUCUGUGGGCGGCCUGAGGAGUUUUUCAAGAAACACGACGUCAACGCCCUCCUUCCCCCGCCUGUAUCAGGGUUCACGCACACCCCGGGGUUGGAGUACGUCAUCGGACUGAUGAAAGAAUAUCCCGAGUGGGAUUAUAUCUUCCGCAGUUUAAACAGGAAUGUAACAGCAACGUGGGGCGGGCCAGAGCGUAAGCCCUCUCUCCCUUUACAAAAACACAGAGCAGAUUUCCUAGUCUACAGACGCCGCGGUUGGUCUUAUUAUCACGACAUUUCGUUCUACUAG